AUGAUCGGUGUGCUGCUGUAUGUGGCUUUGCUGCUGCAGCUUGCAGCAGCUGUCAAUGUGACUGUUGAUCUUGGGUACGCCAGGUACAGAGGGAAAGACAUCGGCAAUGGCGUAUAUCGGUGGGCUGGCAUGCGUUACGCAAGGAGCGUGUCUCGAGUCGACGGUCUGCGCUUCACCGCACCACAGGAACCUCUUGAAGAGUCCAACAAGUUUGGACCCCUCUGCAUCGGCACACAAAGCGACCUCACAGCAGAGUUUGGCAGCAAAUGGUCAGAGGACUGCCUCUUCGUCAACGUCUUCGCACCCUCAAAAGCCACCAACGCGAGCAAUCUUCCGGUCUAUGUCUUCAUUCAAGGAGGUGGUUUCAACAUGAACGGCAAUGCAGAUUACGACGGCGCCGAGCUCAUUCACGCUGCAGACGGGGAUAUGGUGGUUGUCAACUUCAAUUACCGAGUCGGGCCGUAUGGAUUCCUCGCCAGCAAGGAGAUCGAAGCCAAUCAGACUCUGAGUUUGAACAAUGGAUUAAAGGAUCAGAGAUUGUUGUUGAAGUGGGUUCACAAGUACAUUCAGGAAUUUGGUGGCGAUGCCAACCAUGUCACACUUGGUGGAGCCAGUGCUGGAGGUGGCUCGGUUGUCUUACAACUCACAGCUUUUGGUGGACGCAACGACAACCUCUUCCACGCUGUUGCCGCCGAGUCAGCUGCUUUCCCACCUCUGCGCAAUGUUAACCAAAGCCAGUGGCAGUAUGAUGCCCUACUCCAGCGGUCGGGGUGUCAGGAUCUUGCCUGCCUAAGCUCAAUCGACACUGUGACCUUUCAGAACGCCGUUCGCAGUCUCAAGAUCCCCUUCCCCGGCGGCAAGAACGCUCCGAUCUACUUCUGGAAUCCGACCUUGGACUACGACUUCAUCCAGGACUACACUUACAACGAACUCAAACACGACCGCUACGUCAAAGUCCCCACCAUUUUCGGCGACUCUACCAACGAAGGCAUCAACUUCACGCCAAAAUCCAUCACCAACUUCGAUCGCGCCCGCCAAUUCAUCAUCGACCAAUUCCCCGCCGCAAACUGGGUCAAGAUCAGAAGCGUAUGGGACAACCCCAUGAACGCCAUCGCCGAUGCUCGCUGGCGCGCCCUCGCCUCAGACGUCUACGGUCACAUCCGCUACAACUGCCCCAACCUGAACAUGUCCUCCGCCUACGCCGAAAACAACACGCACCCCACCUAUCAGUACCGGUGGAAUGUCGGCACGGCCUCGCACGUGGGUGAGCUACCGUCGAUCUGGGGCAAUGGGACAACCGCAUCUGCUGUCUUUAUGCAAGCGUACUGGGCGAGUUUUAUUAGGAGCUAUGAUCCUAAUAAAUACACGGCGGAGUUUUUGGUGAGUAAGGGGAAAGAGAUGGAUAAUCCUGAGUGGACGACGUUUGGGAAUGAGACGGGGGAGUUGGGCAACAGACUGAGGUUUGGUGAUGAUAAUCAGGUUGCUAUGGAGCAGGUUGGUACCGAGGAAUGGAAGAGAUGCAGUGUCAUUUCGAAUAUGGGGUUGCAUUUGGAACAACCUGCCAGUGCUGGAUUACGCGUCCCGCCCCUUACUUCGUCGCUUUACCUUACGUUCGGUAUCAUACUCUUCGGUCUCUCACAGUGGCAUUGCUUCUGA